UAGAUUUUAAGUUGCGACACGGGAAUGGAGAUAAGAGUAUGGUUGCAGAGAAACGGUUUCUAAAAGAGAUCAAACGUAAAAACAGUAGCAAUUCUAAUGAUUUUCUUGAAUCCAUUAAUAAGGGGAUUUCAUCUGGGCGUAACUGGCCAAUGGAUCAGCUGGAGUGCAAAAGGGAAAAAGCAAUAACUAAUGAAACUGUUAAAGGACAGAGUUGGUGGAAAUUUUUAGGAUCAAAAGAAGAAAUUCAGGACAAGAUCAAUGUGAAUGAAAAGCGGGCAGAGAAAAUGUUAAAGAAGCGUUUGGAAAAUAGAUCUCACAUUAAGUGUUUGAUUAAAAAACUAAAGACCAUAGAAAAACAUGUAGAUUCUAUAGAAUCCCAGAUGGAGCAAGCAAAUCGUCGAAAGGAAAAAGCUUACAAGCGCAUUUGCUUGCUUAUAAAACAGCAUGAAGAGAAGGAAUGCUGCUGUUUCGGACAUCUAUCCGCCUUGAAGAACGUCACACAAGUCGUCAAAAGAAUAUUUGACCUGCACGAAUGUAGCGAUCUUAAGCCGGAGUUGGAGCUUAGAACCGAAGAAAUAUUAAAAAUGAUAGGAUAUCGAUGGGAAUGGAGUAAUAGACUAAAACCACCUAGUUUGUUUGUAACUUAUAAAGAUGUAGUUAAUGGAAAAGUGAAGAAAAUAACGAGGCUAGAAGUGCCUGUGAGACGGUGGAUGGAUUACGGCAUUGAUAUGAGUACCGGUGAGACGGUGGGUAGACCGGUCCAAAUAGAUCAUCAUUAUGAAAAGAAUUAUUAUUGGUCUCCGCUGAAAUGAAACCCUUAUCGAGCAGGGUCUUGUAUGAUUUCUGUUUUUAAUUAAUAUGUUAUUAAAUUUUGAAAAACUGUCAAUUCAUGACAUAAAAUUUGUGAUGGAAUUAUAAUGGAUUUUUGGUGAUUUUGUAAGAA